CUGGUUUUCUGGUAGUGAAGAAGUUUUGGUUGAGUUCCUGUAAUAUUCUGCUCUCAAAACCUUUCAAGUCUCAGUUCUGAAACCCUAGAAAUGGCGUGUGCCUGUCAGCUGAACCAAUUCCCAUGCAAGAGCUUCUCUGUGGUACCGCCGCGGCACCAAUCGAAGGCCUCGCUACCUCCGAAUUCGAUCGGAGUGCCGUCGAGAUUCACCGAUGGCCCGAAGCUUUCGACCCGGGACUUGUCCCGGGCUAGACCGGUGUCUCGAGUCCGGGUCGCGAACGACGACGAGUGGGGCCCGGAGCCGGUCACCUCCGGAGAGGACUCCGCGGUGGCGGUGGCCGAGGAAAAGGAGGAGGAGAAGCCUGUCGAGGCGGCGGAAAUCGCUAGGCUGAAGAAGGCGUUGGUGGAGUCAUUCUACGGGACCGAUCGUGGGCUCAAAGCGUCCAGCGAGACUCGGGCCGAGAUUGUGGAGCUCAUUACGCAGUUGGAGGCCCAGAAUCCGACCCCGGCCCCGACUGAGGCCUUGAGUCUCCUCAAUGGAAAAUGGAUUCUUGCGUACACAUCUUUUCCUGGUUUGUUAACAUUGUUGUCUAGAGGUACGCUGCCGCUAGUAAAGGUAGAGGAGAUAUCGCAAACAAUUGAUUCGGAGAAUUUCACCGUCCAGAACUCUGUCCAGUUUGCCGGUCCAUUGGCUACAACUUCCAUUACGACCAAUGCCAAAUUUGAAGUCCGAAGUCCCAAGCGUGUGCAGAUCAAGUUUGAAGCCGGCAUCAUUGGAACUCCCCAGCUAACUGACUCGAUAGUGGUACCAGAGAAUGUGGAAUUUCUGGGUCAAAAGAUCGAUCUCACACCAUUCAAGGGCUUAAUCACCUCCGUCCAAGACACUGCUUCAUCUGUUGUGAAGACCAUCUCGAGCCAACCACCACUCAAGAUCCCGAUCUCCAACAACAACGCACAAUCGUGGUUGUUAACCACAUACCUCGAUGGAGAACUUCGAAUUUCGAGGGGGGACGGUGGUAGUGUGUUUGUGCUGAUAAAGGAAGGCAGCUCCCUGUUGACACCCUGAACCAUCUUACAUCCCUUUGUCAAGUGUAACAAUACAUAGAGAUAUGAAAUGAAUGCAAGAACUUGAUUAUCAUUGGAGUACUGUGGCCUUGACGCCUUGUUAAUAAUGAAGGAAUAUUGCUUGGAUUAUAGUUUAA